AUGAAAGUUGAAGUUGAUGAUGUAUUAGAUCAUACCACUCAAUUUACAACUGAUAAGGUAUUCGAAAGUAAAGUUGAGAUGAUUGAAUGGACUCGUUCAGAAGGAAUUCGAAAUAAUUUUGUGAUUGUUAUUCGACGGUCUGACUCUGGACAAAUUGGCAAUAAGAAGAAGAGACCUAAAGUAAGGUUUUGUUGUGAGAGGAAUGGGCAGUAUAAGUCAUGUAAGUCUUUGAAGUUUGAUACAAUUAUGGAAGAGUCUAAUGUAGAGAGUGAAAAAAAGAAGCGGCCGAGGCUUACUGGUACAAAGAAAUGUGGAUGCCCAUUCUCAUUACGAGGCACUAACAUUGGAAAUGGAGAUGAUUGGAAGUUAGAGGUGGUUUGUGGAGUGCAUAAUCAUGCUGCUUCGAAAUAUCUUCAUGGACACUCAUUUGUAGGUCGAUUAUCGGAAGAAGAAAAUUCAUUAUUAGUGGAUAUGUCCACGAGUUUAAUCAGGCCUAAGGAUAUUUUGACUGCCAUCAAGAGAAGAAAUUCAAAAAAUGUAACAACAAUGAAGACAAUAUAUAAUGCCAGGCAACGAUACAGGGAUCCUGCUAAGUAUCAAUUUCCACUUCUAGAGAUAGUUGGGAUCACGUCCACUAACAAGACCUUCAAUGUUGCAUUUUGUUAUAUGUCCAAAGAGAAAGAAGACAAUUAUACAUGGGCCUUGACUAGAUUGAAGACAUUUUUAGAUGAGAAGUCUAUUCCAAGUGUGAUAGUAACUGAUCGAGAAUUGGCUCUUAUGAAUUCUAUAGGUAAUGUGUUUCCCAGUACUAGGCAUGUACUAUGUAGCUGGCACAUCAACAAGCAAGUUGCAACUCACUGCAAGAAGCUAUUUGAGAAGACAGAGGGAUGGAAUGCAUUUUACAGUGAUUGGCUGUCCGUGGUAAAUUCUGAAACCGAAGAUCAGUACUUGAAUAACUUAAAAGUACUCGAGUCAAAAUAUAGCUCAUUUCCUGCUGCCAUCAAUUAUUUGAAAACCACUUGGUUGAACCAAUAUAAAGACAGAUUUGUGGCUGCAUGGGUAGAUAAUUGUAUGCAUCUUGGUACAACUACGUCUAACAGGGUUGAUGCAGCUGAAAUUAGUCUUGUCUCAUGUGGUUGUGCCAUACGCCGCACACACCAAUUACCAUGUGCACAUGAGAUUUUUGAAUAUCAGAAUUCCUAUCAGCCUAUUCCAAUAAAUGCUGUUCACUCACAUUGGAGGCGGUUAAGUGUAGGUAACUUUGAGGAGGAAAUUGAUCACCAAGAAAAACUUCAGCUAAGACUGCGAUUGACACAUUUGCAAAAAUGGCUCGAAGAAAAGGAUGAUGAAACCAAGAGACAGGUCUUGUUGAAAAUAGACGAGAUUAUAACUCCAAGUUCGACAAUGCUUCAACAACCAAGUGAGAAGAUUAAAACCAAAGGGCGUCCUAAGAUCGACAGUAGCACUCGUCGUCUACCAUCUGCUUUUGAGAUUGCUGAAGCUAGUCUCAUUCAAAGUCAGUCACAAGUACUAUCAGAAAAGGUUAAUGCUUCUCCUACGGUUGAAUUGUCUUCAGCAAAAUCAGACAAGCAUCCAGAGACAAAUCCACCUAUCUCCAUGAGUCAAAACACUUCACGAUUUAAGUUAACACAAAAGUAUACAUCACAAUUCAUUGUUGGCAUGAGGCACUACAUCUUAGGUUCAUUUGAUGUUGAAGAUGAUGGUAAUUGUGGUUAUAGAGUUGUAGCAUCCAUUAUGGGAUUCGGUAGGCGUUCUUGGAGAAGGGUGCGACUUGACCUAAUGAAUGAGCUCAAAAGUAUGCCUCAUUUGUACAGGGAACUAUAUGGCAGCGAAGACGGUGUUGAGAAAAUCAAACAGAGAAUUUACCAUUCUGGAUCCGCUGCACCGCGUAGAAAAUGGAUGUGUAUAACUGAUAUGAGGCAUCUGAUCGCUACUUGUUACGGAGUUGUUGUUAUAAACUUAUCUGAUGGACAGUGCCUGACCUUUCUUCCUUUGAUGGAACACGUCCUUGGAAGAUUUCAAAAUCAAGAAUUGCCUGAACUUGGAAUUGGUUUUGUUAAUGGAAAUCACUUUGUGCAGGUAUCGUUGGUAGCAGGAUGUCCAUUACCACCAAUUCCACCAGAUUGGUACCGUCAUGCUGAUGACAAAGCAAAAUCAUUAUACAGUAGAUAUAUUAAUCGUUUGCAUCUCUAUACUCAAAUACCCCAUCCAGAAAGAGUUACUACAGUUUCCGAGACUAUCACACUUGAAGAUCAUUAG